AUGCGAGGAAGGCCUGUGUUUGCUUUGGUAAUUUCUGUGCUGAUGGUGGUCACUGGAUCCCUCAACACUAUCAGCGCCAAAUGGGCUGAUAGAAUAGAGGCCAAUGGCAUCCCCUUCAAUCAUCCGUUCCUGCAGGCGGCGUGCAUGUUCAUCGGAGAAUUGCUGUGCAUGGUCGCUUUCUGGGUUCAUUUCGGCUUUCGAAAAUACAUGUGGAAAAGAAGGAACAAAGCCGGAGAACAAUAUGAAGAGCCAAGGCUGCCUCGUUUCAAUCCAUUUGUGUUCCUACCACCUGCAAUCGCGGACAUCAUCGCGACAUCACUUAUGUAUAUUGGGUUGAAUUUGACAACAGCGAGUAGUUAUCAAAUGUUACGAGGAGCACUUAUUGUUUGCACUGGACUCCUGUCCAUAUUCUUGGUCAACGCUCACAUUCAAGGAUACAAAUGGUUGGGGAUGUUAUCUGUGGUUUUGGGGUUGGUUGUUGUAGGAAUAACGGAUCUAUUUCUCGGCGAUCACAGUGAACACAAAAAAGAAGAUGUGAUUAUCGGAGAUGUUCUUUGCGUCCUAGCACAGGCUGUCGUUGCACUCCAACUUGUACUAGAGCAAAAAUAUCUGCGCAAAUAUGACGUGGAGCCGCUACUUGCCGUUGGGCUUGAGGGAAUAUACGGGUUAACGCUUCUCAUAAUCGCCUUAGUACCAUUAUACUUCAUCCAUGUCACUCCAACUUUCUCCACAAAUCCAGAAGGUCGUCUAGAGGAUGUCUUCUUUGCUUGGGAUCAAAUUCGUGCCGAACCGUUGAUCGCUGUCGCUUUGGUUGGCCUUAUCAUCAGUAUUGCAUUCUUCAACUUCGCCGGUACGACUGUCACCAAAGAGCUCUCUGCGACAACCCGAACGGUGAUUGACAGUAUCAGGACCAUUGUAGUGUGGGGCGCCAGCAUACCACUUUUCCACGCCAAAUUCAUCCCUCUACAGAUAAUCGGUUUCGUUCUUCUCAUUCUUGGUAUGUUCAUUUACAACGAUAUCAUUAUUGGUCCUUGGUUCCGCCGUACGUUCCUGCCUAGUGUAGAUGAACCAUCUCCUGGAGCUUGCACACGCUGCUGCUUCGCAUUCUGCGGUGUUGAACGAGAAGAGGACCAAACUGAAGAGGCAAAAGCAGAAAAGCAGAAAGCAAGGGUACGGGCAGAAACUCUUGGACUCGACACCGACGUAGAAACGACGAAGCAUUACUGA